AUGCAUUAUUAUCGUGUUGAUUUUGUCUAUGAAAUGAUAGCUUUGCAACUCCAAGAGUUGAAUAGUCGUUUCAAUGAGGCCAACACUGAGUUGUUACUUUGCUUGGCAUGCUUGAGUCCAAAUGAUUCAUUUUCUUCUUUUGAUAAGCAAAAGCUCAUUCGGCUUACUCAACUUUACCCGAAUGAUUUUUCUACACAAGAACUUGAGGUACUUAAAGAUCAACUUCAAACUUAUAUUGAUGAUAUGCAUUCCAACACCAACUUUUCAGAAUUACAAGGUAUUGCUGCUCUUGCAAAAAAACUAGUUGAGACAAAAAAGGACAGGGCAUAUCCACUAGUUUAUCUUCUCAUAAAAUUGGCGUUAACACUUCCAGUUGCAACAGCUUCAGUAGAAAGGGCAUUCUCUGCUAUGAACAUUGUGAAUAACAGAAUGCGCAAUCAAAUGGGAGACCAAUGGAUGAAUGAUUGCUUGAAUAUGAAAAGUCGUAGAGGACAAUUCCCCCAGAUAAACGAAAGUCUGGGUCCGCCACUGGUGUCAUCUACUCCAUACGUGCUAAGAAAGGUUAGAGUUGAAUUGGAUGCUCAUCUACUAGUCCAACAACACUUAGACUUGGUGGAUGAACUAAAAUAA